AUGGUAGAAGUGAAGAUUAACGACGAAGUCAAAGUUGGCGGCAACAAUCCGUGCUUCAUCAUAGCGGAAGUCGGACAAAACCACCAAGGAGAUAUUGAAAUAGCAAAAAAGUUAAUAAAAGCAGCUAAGGAUGCAGGUGCCAACUGUGUCAAGUUUCAAAAGACUUGUCUCAAAGAGAAAUUCACAAAGAAAUACUUAGAGCGGCCGUAUGAUAACCCCAAUUCUUGGGGCAAGACUUAUGGCGAACAUAAAAGACACUUGGAAUUCUCAGAGAGCCAGUACAGAGAAUUAUUCAAAUACGCACAUGAAGUAGGAAUACUAUGCACGGCCUCUGCUAUGGAUAUGGUCUCCUUCGACUUCUUAGUCAACAUGAAGGUACCAUUCAUCAAAAUUGGAUCGGGUGACUCGAACAACUUGUUGUUCUUAAAAUAUGCCGCAUCAAAACAGGUCCCUCUUAUUAUAUCGACGGGAAUGGUUGAUAAGUCUGCGGUGAAAACUAUUUAUGAUAUAAUUUCGGCGCAACACAAGAAUUUCUGUCUGCUGCACUGUAUCUCAGCGUAUCCCGUUCCUUAUGAAGACUGCAAUUUGACUGUGAUUCAAGAUUAUAUGAACACGUUUGACAUCCCUAUCGGGUACUCUGGACAGGAGGUCGGCACUGCUGUAGCAUUGGCGUCUGUUGCUUUGGGAGCUAAGGUGUUGGAGAAGCACAUUACCCUGGAGAAGACGAUGAAGGGAACCGACCACGUGUGUUCCCUCACCCCUCCCGAGUUCCAGCAGUUGGUGCGAGAUGUCCGCGUCAUCGAGAACGCACUCGGCACGCCCAUCAAGAAAGUCGUCACUUCAGAGAUCCCCUGCAUUGACAAAUUACAAAAAUCACUCGUAAUGGGCUGCACGAAGAACAAGGGAGAGAUCCUCUACCCUGGCGAUGUCAAAAUCAAAGUGGCUGAGCCCAAAGGCUUGAAUGCCCUACACUUCGAAGAGGUCAUAUACAAAACGUUGGUGUACGACAAGAAGGAAGACGAACCUUUGAACCAAGGCGACUUCUGCUAA